AUGCGAUUUUGCGACAGGACGUUCUGUCGGCUGCAAUUGUUAUUAAUCGUUGUUUUCAGCGCCGCAACGUCCGUGCACGGCUUGAGAAACGUCAGGCCCGACGGUCCAUGUGAUCCAGGAGAAUUGGUAUUUGUGGGUUUUUGCAACUUGUGCAUGUGUAAUUCUCAAGGAAUGCCAAAUCAGCUAUGUGCUAGAUCGUGGUGCCCAGUUCAAACAACACUACCACCCAGAAACAGUAUACUGUAUUCAAUCCCAAAUAAACCAUUCACAUAA